CGUCGUUAAGUGCGUGUUAGGUUGCGAGUUCCCCGUGGAGAGCGGAGAGAACAACAGCUGUGACAGUGCGGACUGCAGCCCGGGGAAGAUGGAGAAGCGGGACGCAGACUUCAACAUCCUACUGGCCACCGACUCGUACAAGGUAACUCACUAUAAGCAGUACCCACCCAACACUAGUAAAGUGUACUCCUACUUCGAGUGUCGUGAGAAGAAAACAGACCCCAGCAAGACCCGCAAAGUCAAGUACCAACAAACGGUUUUCUAUGGCUUACAGUACAUUCUUCACAAAUACUUAAAAGGAAAGGUUGUGACCUCUGAGAAGAUCCAGGAGGCCAAGGACGUGUACCAGGAGCACUUUCAGGAUGACGUGUUCAAUGAGAAAGGCUGGAAAUACAUUCUAGAGAAAUACGAUGGCCACCUCCCCAUCGAGGUGAAGGCCGUGCCCGAGGGGAGUGUGAUCCCCCGUGGUAAUGUGCUCUUCACCGUGGAAAGCACAGAUCCAGAGUGCUACUGGCUCACCAACUGGGUGGAGACUAUCCUGGUUCAGAUCUGGUACCCCAUAACUGUUGCAACCAACUCACGAGAGCAGAAGAAGAUCCUGGCCAAGUAUCUCAUGGAAACUUCUGGAACUUUGGAGGGUCUUGAAUACAAGCUGCAUGACUUUGGCUAUAGGGGUGUUUCUUCACAGGAGACUGCUGGCAUUGGUGCCUCCGCACACCUGGUGAACUUCAAAGGAACAGACACAGUGGCUGGAAUUGGAGUCAUCAAGAAGUACUAUGGCACCAAAGACCCAGUGCCAGGGUUUUCUGUACCAGCUGCAGAACACAGCACAAUCACUGCCUGGGGCAAAGACCACGAGAAGGAUGCCUUUGAACACAUCAUCAAGCAGUUUCCGUCCGUACCUGUGUCCAUCGUCAGCGACAGCUACGACAUCUACAACGCCUGCGAGAAGAUCUGGGGCGAGGACCUGAGGACACUGGUGGAGAAACGCAGUGCUGAUGCCCCGCUGGUGGUGCGGCCUGAUUCCGGGAACCCGCUGGACACCGUCCUGAAGGUCUUGGAGAUUUUAGGGAAGAAGUUUCCCCCUUUCGAGAACUGCAGGGGCUACAAGCUGCUUCCACCCUACAUCCGGGUAAUUCAGGGUGACGGCGUGGACAUCAACACUCUGCAGGAGAUCGUGGAGGGCAUGAAGAAGCACAGGUGGAGCAUCGAGAACAUCUCCUUUGGUUCUGGAGGAGCCCUUCUGCAGAAGCUCACCCGCGACCUUCUCAACUGCUCCUUCAAAUGCAGCUACGUGGUGACGAACGGGCUCGGGGUAAAUGUCUUCAAAGAUCCUGUAGCUGACCCCAACAAAAGGUCAAAGAAGGGUCGUCUGUCUCUUCACCGGAAGCAGAAUGGGGAUUAUGUCACUCUGGAGGAAGGCAAAGGGGACCUGGAGGAGUAUGGGGCGGACCUGCUUCACACCGUCUUCCACAAUGGGAAGAUCGUGAAGACAUACACGUUUGACGAGGUCAGGGACAAUGCCAGACUCAAGGAGAGCGAAAUGGAGGAGCUGAUUCACUGAGAGCCAUGGGCUCCACCCACACACCUCCUCCACCCACACACCUCCUCCAGCCCUCCACCCACACACCUUGUCCACCCACAAACCAUCUCCAGCCAUCCACCCAUACACUUCCUCCACCCACACACCUUCUCUAGCUCUCCACGCACACACCUUCUCCAGCUCUCCACCCACACACCUCCUCCACCCUCCACCCUCCACCCCUCAGGGCAGGUGGUGCCCACCCUGCUCUGACCCCAGCAGUGAUGAAGGAGAGCGUGUGAAAGAGUGUGGUGUUGAAUGCCAGAGAGAGAGGGGAGAGGAAUCCUCCCCUCACUGUGUCCUGUGUCCCACGUAUAGAGCUGCUCUGUGGUUCAGUUUCCAGACUCUAUCAAGCUUUGAUGCCUGUUUUUAAUGUCAGACACGAAAAAGGCUGUCGUGAUAUUUAAAAGAUAAAACACAGUAAUGUAUAUGAUCAAGCAUUGCAGGAGAUCUGUGUUUUCUACAAGAAGUUCUGACUCUUUUUUUCUCUCCUUGUUUGACUGUAGGAAUGAGAGAUAGUUGUUCAGUGUUGUUGAAUGUGAAUGUUGUGUGUUCAGACCAUUACUCUGAUUUCUAAGAAUUAUUCUGUUCCUUAUGCAAUGGACAUUGCUGAUCUGGGAAAGAACUCUACCACGUUCGCCGUUGGCCUUUUCUUUGUAGAUCAUUCCCCGUCCACAGAGGAAACUCCAAAUACUGUCAAGUUAGUAGAUGCUAAAAUCAUGCAGCAGAGAUCCUCUUUAGUCUACACAGUGUAGAUGUUUAUCUGUUGUCAUCUUUUUUUUUUACAAGUAUAGAUAUGUCACUGAAGUUUUUUAUGAUUUAGACAACAAACAGAAAAAUAUGUUUUUCUGUGUAACAGGAAUCAUUUUAGGAGAACUUGGGUUUAAUAUUUUGUAUACUCCCUAUUGUCUCAAUUUCCACAAUCAUUAUUUUUUUAUGAUGGAGGUAAAUAUUGCCAGAAUUCUCACAGUAAAUAUCCACAAACAAAUUAAUGUGGCCAAAACGCCUUCCGUCUUGUAUAUAACGUGUAUUUAAAGAGGAGGAAGGUUGGUGGAAACAGAUAUUCUAGUGUUUUUAUUUUGUCUAAUCCCAGUUUUAUACCAAAUAGAAAAUCAAUCUGUCUGCAAAGUUUCAUUGUGUGUUUUUGUUCAGUCAGUCUCGUGGGUGUGUGUGCACGACACCUGUUCGUUUUCUUUUGCCCGAUGUUUAUAUGUAUAUAUGUUGGAUGCCCAGACGUUUUUUUUUUUUCAUUCAGCUUCCUCUGGUAUUUUAAACUAACAUGGCAAUGCGGUGUUGUCUUCAUAUUAAAAUCUCACCCUGUCUCUA